ACCGAUGCAGUUUGAAUAAAAACAUAACUGCAGCUCAAGUUUUGGAAUGCUCCAGUUCGAGCGGGAAAACGAAUGUGUAAACAUAUGAAUUAAGAUCUAAGCGGAUGCAUUUUUUUCACUCUGGAAAAAAGUAAACUUUGUAUUGUGUUCUCGUCUAUAAGUGUGAUGUUUUGUGCCUGUAUUAACUCUGCAUGAAUAUAACAGACGCACCGUUCGAAGACCAGUUUCAAAAUAUGGCCAAUCCAGAAAACCCUCGGACUCGCCCAGUUCUCGCAGAAAUCCCGACGCGAUUGGGCCUUCCGCUUCGCCAACGGGUUGUAACUCCAGUAACAAUGCAGCGAAGGAACGCAUUGAAUCGCAUACUUAACGGUAAUCCACCAAUCGACAUUCCGGACAGCUACCUGUCUCCCCGGAUGUCACCAGAUGAAGCCCUUAUUCAGCAACGUGGCCGCCGUCGAGCACCGGUUAUUUGGAGUCCGGAGAAAGGACUUUACAUUUCACCACAAAAGACCCCUACGAAGAGUAUAUCGGCAAUGACUCUCAGAAGUUCACCUCGCAAGCGUUCGCUUAUGAAAGAGCUCUCUGCUCUUCCGACACCUGAAGCCAACAGCUGGUCAUCUCCGGGUAAGCGAGUUUCAAAAAACUCGACCGGCAAUUCUAAGAGAAUGCGGAUGGAUGAAGGAUCGAUAAAUCGCAAAAAUCGUGAUGCCCCGUUGGAGGUUCUUUUGAGAGGUCUUAGCCAUGAGCAGCUGAUUUCCAUAAUCACAGGAAUGACACAAGGAAGGCCACAAUUAGAGGAAACUAUCCGCGAUGAGCUACCCAUGCCGGACACUGCUCCGAUGGAUGAACAGUUGAGCUAUCAGAAAAAGAACAUCACGAAAAGUUUACCCUCUACCAGAUUGGUCAGCAAAACCGAUAGUCCAGCGUAUGCACGUGCAGCAACACACCUUGUUGCAUUCAAGAAAACCCUCGUCGAUCAGUGUCAAUUGUUAUACAACUCUAAGCAUUGGGAUGCCCUUCUGGAUUACGUUGUUCUGGCUUGGAAUCAUGUACGCGAGACACCUAUUUGGGACAAUCCAGCCCAUAACGCAGUUCGGAAACAUUGCUUCAAGAUCCUUUCGUAUCAUGCCACCGCCGCAAUCAAGAAUGGACUGACAGAUUUAGGACGGGAUCGGUUGAAGCGAUUUCAGCUAAAUGUUAAGGAUAUGGUCGUCGAUUGUGAGGAUAUCAAGGAUUGCACCGCUUACCUUCCUACCAUUCUAUCCUAUUUGUAGGACAAAUCGUGAAUGUCCCUGAUGUUGACCGUUGAUUGACACGUAAAUUGCAUGAAGGUUUGUAAAAGUGUCCAAAUUAUUCGAAACCAAACUACUUAUCGUUCUGUCUAGUAGCAAGUGUCAAGCACGAAUUUAGUUCAAAAUGUUAUCACAAUAAUAGGUUUUUGGUAUGUAAUAUGUUAGUAUCGCUACUGGAUGGACAUUGGAAGAGAAUGAAUCAUUUCAUUUUAUUAGAAUCAUUACAAAUAACGUCGACUGAUAACCGCAUAUUUACUAUGUAAAUUACUGAUACCGUUUAUAUAUAUAUACGUUAAAUAAAGAUAUACACGAAACAAUA